AUGUGCUCUGGGGGCUUUGCGAAGUGUCUGGGGAUCAGUCUGCUGCCCCUGGCAGUAGUGUGUGUGCUGUGCAACAUCCUUCUCUUCUUUCCUGGGGGGAAGGUUGUGGAUAGUGAACACAUCACAAAAGAAGUCUGGUACUUUGGAGGAAUUUUGGGCUCUGGGGUUUUGAUGAUUUUCCCGGCCCUGGUCUUCCUGGGUCUGAAGAACAAUGACUGCUGCGGUUGCUGUGGCAAUGAAAGCUGUGGAAGGAGAUUUGCGAUGCUGAGUUCCAUUCUGUUUGCAGCUGUGGGUCUUGUAGGAGCCGGUUAUUCAGUCAUAGUUUCAGCUGUUGCCAUAAACCAGGGACCCCAAUGUCUGGCUGAAGUGAACAAUACAAAAAUAUGGACGUAUCCCUUCAACGAUGGUGACUAUCUGACUAAUUCAACCAUAUGGUCAAAAUGUAUUGAACCUGCUGGUGUGGUGUCAUGGCAUCUCUCCCUGUUCUCUGUUCUGCUGGUCAUGGGUUUAAUCCAGCUGGUGCUGUGUGCUGUGCAGGUGAUAAAUGGGCUCCUUGGAGCUCUGUGUGGGGACUGCUGUGGCUGCUGUGGUGGGAAUGAUGGAGCUGUUUAA